AUGAGUUUAGACACUCUUAAUGGAAUUGAAUAUUUAGGGGCACAUUUAAAAGUAUAUUAAAAUAUUAACCUAGUUUAAAGUUCCUGGUUAUAGAGAGAAAGCAGAUGGUCAAACAUAUUAUAGAAUAGUGUUAUAAUAUACAUUAGUUGAACCAUUUAAGAGAUCUGAUCUUGAAUAUACAUAUGAUAAUUGUUUAGCCUUAUGCAAAACAUUGACACUUUAAUGUCCUGAUUUACCUUAAUUACCAGGAAUAGGAAUGUUUGGAUUCAAGUCAAAUACUUUAGAUGCAGAAAGGAGAAGAGUAGAUUUAGAAAAAUGGUUGGGAGCCUUAAUUUGGCGAUGUGAUGUUUUAGGAAGUGAAAGCUUUUAUAAUUUUUGUGAAGUAAUUCUAUACAUAUAAUCAAAUAGUUAUCACAAUUAAUUAACAACAAAUGGUUAUUCUAACCAAAACCUUCUUUGAAAAUUCAUUAUGGACAUGCAUUUCCAAUAACAGAUUUUCAUUAUGAAAUUGAUACUCAAGUGUUAUUUGUAUUGACUACAGAUGAUUCUAUUUCUAGUAAGAUGUAAGGAUUUAUGGGUAUAUUUGGUAAAUCUCUAAAACCAUCAUUUCAUACAUAAUUAAUAUGUUAUAGAUUAGAUGUAAAUUAGGAUGGAUAAGCAGUUGCAUAAAGUUUAUGGACUGUAUAAUAUUAACAUAGAGGCACAAUGAUUAGAUGGGAAGAAAAAUUAACUAUUUUAGGUAUUGGAUUUGAUGAUGGUCAUAUUGUAUGUUUGAGAAUUGCAACCAAUAAAUAAUAUUUAGAAUAUUCUGAAUUUUGUUCUAUACAUAAACAUACUCAAUCAAUUAAUGGAAUAGCAUUCAAUAAUUUGACAGGACAUUGUUACAGUAUUGGCAAAGAUAAAUGUAUUAUUACAACAGAUCUUGCAAAUCCAAGUAGUAUUUUAAAAGGUAUAUACAUUAUUUGAUAAUAGAAAAGGAAUUUACGAAUGAAUUAACUUGUAUGACUACCAACUAAUAUAGACUUUUUGUAGGUGAUAAUAUUGGAAGUAUAUAUAUUUUCUCUUUUGAAAAUGGUCCUUUACAUGCUAUUCAUUAAAUUAAAUAGGAUAUUACUAUGCAUUUAACUUCAAUUUAAUAUUGUCCUAUUAAAAACUAUUUAAUUUGUGGUAGUAAAGAAGGAUAUCUAAGUGUAUUUGAAAUUGGAAAACAAGGGAAAGAAAAGAAUUCAAAUUAAAUAACAUUACUUAAAACACUUCCAAACAAAGUUGUUCAAUUUUCAAUAAGUACAAAAGAAAUCUAUGUGAAUUAUGGAAAUUGUGUUGUUAUUUUAGAAUCAACAAACAUGAAAUAUUUAUAUUCAUUAGAUGCACAUGAUAAGGAUAUAACAAAAAUUUAAUUGUUUGAUUCUGUUGGUUUACUUAUGACAAGUAGUAAAGAUAAUUCUAUUAAAUUUUGGUAAUAUAAGUUUUUCCCUCAUAUUUUAUUGAAUAAUACUAUUAUACCAUAUAGAAAAGAACCUAUAACUGAAUUAAAGGUUUAAAUAAGAUAACAAGGAGGAGAAUAAAAUAAAUAAGUUUAAUAAGUACAAUAAUAAAUGAAACCUGAGUUAGAAGAUUUAGAUCAUUGGUAAUGA